UCAAACUGUAAACCCCGUCCCGCUCACGCUCCUCUCUCUCCCUCUCUCUCCCUUAUAUCAACACACUCUCUCUCUCUCUCUCACACUCACUGUCACUUCUACACAAUUCUCUGUCCGAAGCUAGCCUCCAUAUUUCCUCUGAUUCUUCUUCUUCCCCCGAGCUCUUCAAACCUUCACCGGAGAAGGUGCCGGAGCUUCCACCAACAGAGUUCAAUGAACAAGAAUUCUUUCUGAAUUCACUCAUUGCUCUUCUACAAGGUAGGCAAAGAUGAAUAAAGAAAAUACAAAUGCUGCCAAAGUUGGAGAGCCUACCGUCCGAAUCACAAGGGCACGGGCUAAAGCCUUUGGCACUUCCGGGGAGGUAGUCUCCUCCUCAAGACCUUUCUUUAAACAAGAUCAGAAGCAUGGUGUUCGAGCAAAUUCCAAAAGAGCAGCAUCAGACGAGAACAAAGGAUCUGCAAUUGCCACCAUUGGCUUGCAGCAUAAAAGGAGGGCAGUUCUUAAAGAUGUAGCAAACGUCAUCUGUGAAAAUUCAUAUGUGAAAUGCACCACUGAUGCCUCUCAGGUUCAGGCUAGUAAGCAGGCCAGAAGAGGUCUUGCAAAGAAUGUAAAGGCAGCCUCAAAUGUCUCGGAAGAAAGUACAAUCGUUCAAGAGGACGCAAAAGCAAAGUUAGCUGAUGAAUUAUCCAAAAUAAGGGUGGCAGAACCCCUAGAAGCCACUUUGCCAGUGAAGUUGGGAGAAAAAGAGCCAGUACCCCAGGGUAUGUGUCAUAUCUUGGGACAACAUAGAGGAGCAGAUUUGAUGCUUAGAAUACAGCCUUCCGCAGAACCUGCUGAACUUCAGAACCCCCAAAAGAAAGAAGAAAAUAUGGUCUGGGAGAUAUCGGGAUCCUCAAAUGACCUGGACAUCGUGGAUAUUGACUCAAACUUAAAGGAUCCUCAAGCGUGCAGCUUGUAUGCCCCUGAUAUAUACAGUAAUAUAAGCCUUAUAGAGGUGGAGCGAAGACCGUCAACUACUUAUAUGGAAACAUUGCAGCAAGAUAUCACUCCAAGCAUGCGAGGAAUUUUGAUUGAUUGGCUUGUAGAGGUUUCCGAAGAAUAUAAGCUGGUUCCAGAUACACUUUACCUCACAGUAAAUCUCAUUGAUCGGUUUCUCUCUCACAAUUAUGUUGAAAAGCAAAGGCUCCAGCUGCUUGGAGUCACUUGCACGUUAAUUGCCUCGAAGUAUGAAGAAAUAUGUGCACCGCGAGUGGAAGAAUUUUGCUUCAUCACGGACAAUACUUACUCAAGAGACGAGGUAUUAGAAAUGGAGAGUAAAGUUCUAAAUUUCUUGCACUUCCAGUUAUCUGUUCCCACCACAAAAACAUUUCUUAGGAGGUUCAUUCAUGCAGCACAAGCUUCUUAUAAGGUUCCUUGUGUUGAACUGGAGUUAUUGGCAAAUUAUUUAGCAGAGUUGACUCUUGCUGAAUAUGGUUUCCUGAAGUUCCUACCUUCCCUCAUUGCCGCCUCUGCUGUAUUCCUUGCCAGAUGGACACUCGAUCAGUCUGACCAUCCAUGGAAUCCUACUUUAGAGCGCUAUACCUCUUACAAAACAUCAGAGCUCAAAACUACAGUUGUUGCACUGGAAGAUUUGCAACUGAACACCAAGGGCUGUCCGCUAAAUGCGAUACGUGAGAAGUACAGACACCAGAAGUUCAAGUCUGUGGCUACUUUGACCUCCAAACAACGGGUGAUUCGCACUUUCCAAGAUCAAUAAUCGCUGAUUAUUCUUUAAGACUUGGAUCUGCCUAUUUAUCAGUUGGGGAAGCUCUCUGCAUUCUGGAACUUUGAGGGACAUCCAGAGCUCCAACAUGAAAGUUCAUUGACUUUCCAUACCCUAACUUUGUUGUCUGUUCGUCUGUUGGUCCUUCGUUGUUGAAUGUUGAAUGUUAUCUCAUUCUGGUGCUUCCAGAUUUGUCUUUGUAACCUAAUUUUUUUUAGAUCAAACACGUUUUGCCUCUUGGCAAAAUAAUGUAUCAAAACUUCUCAGCACUUAGGAAGUUUUAAGAGUGACUGCGAUGGGUUGCAGGCUCCAAAUAGGAAUUGCAGCUCCUUGAUCAUUAUGUAUCCAAAAACAUCAUAUAUGAAGAAGAAAAAAAAGAAA